CGAGAAAAGCUUCAAUGAGAAUAUAAAUAGGGCUGGGUAUCGGUCUGGAAUAGAGAAGCACAUAAACAGGCCCUUACAGAGACACUAGCGAGCAACGGUUCAAUUACAGUGAUAUCAUUGACCAGUAUCUAUUACCCCGCCUCAUUUUUUGUUCAAGACCCUCUCACGACAUCAUCUGCAAACUUCGAUAUGCCUCAACUUGUGGGAAAGAUGGUAGGGCCAGUUGGCUAUGGGCUCAUGGGCCUCACAUGGCGCCCAGAUCCACCAUCGCAAGAGCAGAGCUUUGAAGCUAUGCGUACCGCGCUGUCGCUUGGAGCGAACAAUUGGAAUGGCGGAGAGCUUUACGGUACACCAGAACGUAACUCUCUGCACCUUCUCAAUGAGUACUUCACAAAGUACCCCGAGGACGCGGAUAAGGUUGUUUUGUCCAUCAAGGGUGGUCUUAAGAAGGGCGAAUUGACGCCGGAUGGCAGUCGGGAGAAUGUUAGACGCAGCAUUGAUGAGUGCCUGAGGUUAUUGGACGGCAAGAAGAGUCUGGAUCUGUUCGAGUGUGCUAGGGUGGAUCUCAACACACCAAUCCAAGAUACCAUCAGUUACAUCGCCGAGUAUGUCAAGGAGGGCAAGCUGGGCGGCAUCAGUCUGUCAGAAGUUGGCGCGCAGUCAAUCCGAAAAGCGCACAGUGUGCACCCUAUCUCUGCAGUUGAGGUCGAGUUCUCGUUAUGGUCUACCGACAUUCUCGAGAACGGUGUCGCAGCCACAUGCGCAGAGCUUGGCAUUCCCAUCAUCGCAUACUCGCCUCUUGGACGCGGAUUCCUUACGGGCAAGUACAAGAAGCACAGCGAUAUUGAGCCUGGCUCCCUACUGCACCACAUGCCUAGGUUCCAGCCUGAGGUAUUCGAUGAGAACAUCAAGCUCCUCCACGCUGUCGAGGAUCUAGCCAAAUCAAAGGGUGUCACUCCAGCUCAGAUUGCUAUUGGGUGGGUGCUCGCGCACAGCGGAGCCAAGGGCAUGCCUACUAUCAUCCCGAUCCCGGGUGCUACGACAUCGCAGAGAGUCGAGGAAAACUUGAAGCCGGCGAAGCUCAACGAUGAGGACAUGAAGGCACUGGAAGAGAUUUUAAAGAAGUUCCCAGUCAUUGGUGGACGGUACAAUGAGGCUCAAGCGGCAUUGAUGUUCGCAUAGAUGAUUGGUUCCUAGUUAGAACGACUUGUCAGUACUGUAACUAUAAUGUGUAACAAGCUUUGAUUCAUGUG